AUGUUUACACUAUCCUCUUUUAAGAAGCUGCUUAUAGGCGUGACAAGUGCAAAUGUUGGGGUGGUGUUAAGCUGUUUUUAUGUCUUCAAAAAAAAUAGACCUUUAAAUGAUAAAAGUAUAAAUGAACCAAGUGAAAAUUUUCGAAUUAAAACUUUUGACGAGCUAGCCAAAAACUACGAUGAAAAAAAUGAUUUCAUAGAAAAAAUUACAUCCAUAAACAAAUACAAAAAAAAGAACUUUCGAAAAGUGCAUGGUGUGGUACUAGAAAUAGGAGCAGGGACAGGAAGAAAUUUUUCCUAUUUAAAAAAUAUAGAAGCCUUAGUAUGUGUUGAAAAAAGCGUAAAAAUGUGUGAACAGAUAAAGAAAAAAUUGGAAAAAGAAAAACCAAUUUACCCUGUUUAUGUUAUAAACAAUGAUAUAAAAAAUAGUCUUUUCAAAUCUAAUGUUUUUGACUGUGUUAUUUCGUCUUUUACAUUAUGUUCUUUUGAACAUGUGGACGAAAGUUUACAAAAAGUAUUGGACAUAAUGAAACAAAAUGGAAAAUUUUAUUUAAUUGAAAGAGGUAUUAUUUAUAACAAAAUCAUAAGAUAUAUUUUAGAAAAACUGGAUUUAUACCCUAAUAGGAAAAUACCAUGGGAAUAUGGCUAUUAUGAAAAUAGAGACCCCUUAAAUUUGUUAAAAAAAAAUAACUUCAACAUUGUUUUUAAACUUAUAAAAAAUGCUGGAAGUAUUUACAUAAUAACAGCGAAGAAACAUACUAUCUCUUUAUCUUAUAGCCAAAGUAAACAAUUUACUAAGGAAGAAAAUAAUACCAAUACAGUUACACAUAACCAUAAUAUGCCAAGCGAAAAUAAUAGCAACAAAAAAUAUAUUCAACAAACAGUUCAAAAGAAAACUUUUGAUAUUGAUAAUAUUAUAUGCCAACAAAAGGGUAUUCCCAUUUAUUACUAUUAUAAAAAUGUUUAA